UCGAGUUUCGCGAUGAAGGCGUCGAGCUUACUCCUCGUGGCUCUGGCCGCGGUGAGUACGAACCACUAUGGGGUGGACGCGCAGGCCAUCUGCAAGCAGCGCACGUGCACAACGGACACGGGCCUCUUUUGCGACCGUGCGCUGCAAACGUGCCCUGAAUGCAUGGGCUCCGACGCGAGCACGGGCACGACCGUGUGCAAGCCGACCAACUUUAUCGGUACCUGCAACGUCGUCGGCAUUGGUGGCUUCCAAAAGUGCGGCAAGUACACGCCGCCGAGCUCGGGCUCGGGCUCUGGCUCGGGCUCUGGGAGCAUUACGCCCAAGCCGACGACCGUCAAGCCGACGCUCGCGCCGACAUUGGCGCCAACGACGUUGCCCUUGACGACAGAGCCGGUAGUGACGACGCUGGCCCCGACGACGACACCGACGGCGACGACCAAGAAGCCGAUCUCACCAACGCCCACUGCUACGCCUGCCUCGACUUCGAGCUCGUCGUCGGGCUCGGGGGCUGCGUCGACGCCAACUGCUACGCCGUCGAACGCCAACAACUCGCGCCCCAACGCGACGUCGGAUUCCGGCAUCAACUGGGCGCUCUACGGCGGGAUUGCCGGUGGUGCCGUCGUCUUGAUUGCAGUCGUGCUAGUUGUCGUCUUGAAGAUGAACAACCGCGACGACGACGAUGACGACGAGCCGUACAAGCCGACGGCGCCGGCGACGAGCCAGAACUACACGAGCACUGCGGCCGCCACGACGUACGAAGGUGGCAACGCUGCGGUGGUCGCGGCCAACCUCCGUGCGCAAAUCGAUGGCCAGAACCAGCCGCAAGCGACGUACAACCCGUACGGCAACAGCAACAACCAGCAACAACAGCAAUCGCAGACCUACAACAACUAUGGCCAGCCACCCCACGACAACUACAACACCCAGCAGUCGUCGUACGCCCAACCCAACCAGUACAACAACAACAACACCAGCAACAACCAUGGGUAUGCGCCUGCCCAGCAAGACUACACGGCCGUGCCGGUGGCCAAGCCCCGCAGCGACGUCACGCACUCGGACGUCUGGGGCAACGUGCCGUCGAGCUACCAAGACGGCACGCCGACGGCCAAGAACAAGCUCGCCCACCCGGCGCCCACCCACGCCAGCGACGUGCGCGACAACGAGACGCGCCUCUCGGUGGAGUUUUAAACCGACGCAAUAGCUUUCCCC